AUGGGUCUAUGUGCGUGUGUGUGUGUGUGUGAGUGUGUGUCUCUCCAGGCCUGUUUGAGAGAGGCCUGCAGCUUGUUUCCCCCGUGGAUGCCACACACGAAAGGGAGGCCACCGCCUGGGACUAGGGCGACGGAGUGCCACCAGUGGGGCAUAAUCCAGUUAGCUGAGCCCAGGUUGACCGGGGAGCCUCAGGCCAGAGGAUUCCCCUGAGACCCGACUAAGGCCCAGCCAGUGGUGACCUCCUCUACAUAAUAUAAUACUGCCCGACCGACCGACAGACAGACUGAGUGAGUGAGUGAGUGAGUGAGUGACUGGCAUUGACAUUGGCAUUGGCGGGUCCGCAUGAUGCUGCAUGCAGGCAUGCCCCACACGUAUUGAACGGAGCAACAUCACAUGGAUCGGAUUGACCUCUUUCAUCAUCAUCAUCAUCAUCGCCAUAACCAUCAUCCCAGACCCGGAUUGUCAAUCUCGAGGAUCCAUAUUCUCAGUUUUCUACGGGGAUUGAGAACCCGGGCGAUGUAAUCUCGCCCAAUAUAAUCGAAUGUGCGGUGGUGGUGGCGGCUCAUCUGUGUUUUUAUUUGAUAAGCGACUUGAGGUGUGAGGAGUGACUCGAUUGAGCCGAAUCCCACUUACUCACUUACUCGGACUCAUCGGGAAUUCAUGGCUGGCCUGCCUGCCUCCCUCCUGGCGAAAAUGAGAGAUCCGUGAUGGUAAUGCCAGCCUCAUGGUGAGUCAUGUGUAGGAAGUUUCGGUGACGAACAGCGAUUACUCGUUCAACUUCGGAACCGCGACAUGUUUCAAAGUUGAAAGUCGUUCGUGACCUUUGAGUGGAGCGAGCCAGGGACACACCGCAUCAUCGCUUCGGGGACGCACCUGGGAGCUGUCACCAUGUCGGUGGAAAAACCGCGAUUUCUCAAAUUCCGCCAUGAGGUGCCGGCCCAUUUGCGAUUCAACAAGUACGUGCUGUACUACUACCGACCCAUCACGGAUUGGUGGGGUUGUCUGGCCUCGUUGCUCUACAUUCAUAAUGAAACCGUUAACAUUCUCACUCAUGCCUUACCUCCAUUUAUCAUCUUCUACUACCUACCGACCAUGUUGCCCUGGGAUCAACUGGACACAAUCCCAAUCCUACCCUACUUGCACGUGAUUAGCUGCUUAUCGCCGUGGAUCGGUUCCACAUUGUAUCACCUCUUCAUGAGCCAUAACAGCGGAUUGACGACCUAUAAACAGCUUUUGGCCAUGGAUAUGUUCGGCAUUUGGGUGGCUCAGAAUUGCGGGACACUUCCAUGCGUGACGGCUGCCACAUAUUGCUUUCCCCCGGCUUGGCGGUACUUUACACUAAUGACAUUUGUCAUCGGCUCGUUCUUUUCAUGCUACAAGGCCGUCACGGCGAAAUCCCCAUGGCAAAGGCGAUUCAGUUUUCUGUUUCCGUUUCUGUUCCGUCUCAUCAUUGUUAUUUUACGUGUAUCAAAAAUAGCUAGGGGAUCACCUAAGGCCAUGCCCCAUCUUUUGCUACAGGAUGUAGUGGCGGUGGUGGGCGGAGCAUUAGGGGCGUGGAAUAUUCCUGAGCGUUGGUAUCCGGGACAGUUCGAUUUGUGUUUGAAUUCCCACAAUAUUAUGCACGUCCUAGUUGUGUAUGCGGCCUACGAGAUGCAUCAAGCGGUCAGUUACGACCUGUUGUGGAUUAGUGCUUUGAACCACGGAACACAGCAUUGUUGAAAAGCUAAUAGGGGAAUUACCCCCACAUCGAUAGAUGGAUGGAAUGAAUGUCCCGGUUUAGCUGUGAUAGAAAUCCGAUGCUGAUGCAAUGAGUCCUCGUGAGCACCAAUAAAACAUGAUAUCUUC